UAUGUCUCAUUUCUCAUUUCCUGCGUGAGUCACUUCUUAGUCUUCGCAGAAAUAAAAAAAUAAAAGAUCAAUGAAGAAGAAAACACUUUCAAGAAGGAUUUUUGAGAAGUUUGUUUCUAAACAUACAGCAGAUCUUCGUGAUUCUCGUGUUUGUUUGUUUGUUUGUUUGUUUGUUUGUUUGUUUGUUUGUUUGUUUUUAAAUCGCCGUUCAGGAAGUGAAAGUAAAGUUUAGACUGCUGGAGCUCAAACAGAGAAAAUGGCUUCAGUGAGAAACUAAAAUUCUUCAGUCUGGAGGACAAACAGCCUGUGUGUUUAGUGUGCAGAGAUUUAAAACAACAUGACAAUCACACAUUCAGAUCCAUCGGUGAAGUUGUUCCAUCAUAUAAGAGCAGAACAGAACUGACUUAAAAUCAGAGCAGCAGAUGUUUCUGUUAAUCAGAUCACAAACCUGUUAAUACCUAAAGGGGAAGAUCUUUGUUGAAGACCUUGAAGAAGUAAUAAGACUCUACAAGACUGAUCAAGAGUGAUUUGUUCUUUAACUUCAUUCUUAGAUCACUUUGUUGCAUCAAGAUGAGUUGUAUUGGUUUUGUACCUAAAACGCAGCCAUUGGACACAAAGGAAUUUCUUAAACCUUCUGGAAAAACACCUGAAAUCACUUUAGAUCACAUAGCCAAGCAUUUGUUAUCUUAUUUUAAAAGGUUUCGUCGAUUAAAAGAAAUUGAAAAAGAGAUUAAAAAGAAAUAUGAAAUUCAAAAGGAGGAUUGCUGGCCAGUUGAUGACAUCAUAAAAGCUUGGGAAGAAACAAAAAAAAUGGAUAAAACCUUAAGAAGUACAAAAUACUGGGCUUUUGCUAUAAUGCUGCAGGUGCUACAAAGACGUUUGGGUUUUGAUGUAUCUGAUCUGAAGGAGGUUAAGACUUGCCCAAUAACGUCUGAUGUGGCAAAAGAAAUCACACCCUUUGAGCCAGAGCAAGAGCCAUCUGAAAUCUACUCACCUUUUGAGGAAAGAGACAAUAUGGAUAAAGUGAAUGCUGAAAGGAAGAUGCUAGGCAAUGCCUCACAAAUACCUGAAGAGUUACAAAAUAAAGCAGAUUUUCCUCCAACUAAACGAAAAUUUUCAGAGAGGCUUCAAAAAGAUGGUUCUGGACAAUGGACAAGAGGUUCAAACAAAUCAAAUCCUGAAACCGUCUACAUACGGAUCCCGCUUUCAGUUGUGUCUGGAAAUGAAUCAACCUCUAUGCCAAAAGAAGUUUUAACUACCAGCCCUAUCUAUAAAUUAAUAGACAGAGUUCCUAAUCUUACUGAAAUAAGGGUAAAACAAUCAUAUGCCAUGUUAUAUGACAAUCGAACCAGGAAUGCUGCAUGGGUGUAUGAGAUAUUGAACAAGGAAACUUUAAUGGAAAGAUAUGACAGGAGAAAACCUUUUGAAGAGGAUUUCUCGAUUCAUCCAUUCUACCGUGCAACUGAGAGCGAUGACGCAUGUACAGCCAGUGGCUAUGAAAAAGGUCAUCUUGCUGCAGCUGCCAAUCACAGGUGGUGUCAGGAAGCCUAUCAUGACACUUUUUUGCUCAGCAACAUGACACCACAGACUAUGGCCUUAAACAGAGGUCCCUGGAAAACGUUGGAGGAGGAUUGCCGAAGAAAGAUAAAUGAAAGUCAAAAUGAGGUCCGUAAUGUCCAUGUAUACAGCGGACCACUUUACCUGCCAAGCAGUGAUGAUUCAGAGGUUGUGAGUUAUGAGAUGUUGGGAGACAAAGCAUUGCCAACUCACUUCUUUAAGGUGAUAAUUCUGGAGAAGUAUGAUGGGACGGUAGAGCUGGAAUGCUAUCAGAUUCCCAAUUGGUUAUCAGAAGACGACACAAAUUUUAUAGUGCCAAUUGAAUAUAUUGAGAGCGUCUCUGGGCUGAUCUUCAGAGAGAGCAGUUUCAAUAAGGGAGAGACUGACAGCAUAAGGACAGUGACAUGGACAGGAGAAAAUGAAAAUGGAGAGGAAUGUACAGCAAUGACACAAGUCACAAUAAGCACCCCCCUUUACUGAUCACAGUUAUUGCUGACAUCUGAUGUGUGUACAGUACUGCAUUACGCCAUGACACUUAAACACAUGAUUUGUGUUUGGAUGAACUGACCAUCUGAAGAUGAAAAGAGUAAAAGGCUGUUUGACUGAGCUUGCAGUUAUUCUCACUAGUGGUUAAAACCAUGCCGUGUGUACUCAUUAACAGUAUAUACAGUAUAUACAUGUGUUAAAUUGGGAUUUGUUAUGUGUAUAUACCAUUUACAAAUGCUUUCUUGUUGUCUUAAAAACAUGAUCUGAAGGCUUAUGCUCUAAUGUUUAACGGGGACCUAUUAUGUAAAAUUCACUUUUAUAAAAGUGUUUGAACACA